UCCGCAUCGAUAAUAAUCCAUCUACGACUUCUAGAGCUCUUGAAUCUUGAAGGAUGAAGUGCACCUGAACGCAUCGCAGGAGGAAGCGUCAGUCACGUAGUCAUUAUUCAAGUUCCGCCCACUUCCUCCUCGAACAACUUGCCUUUUUCAGUUCAUUUCCUGUUACGUCGCUAAAUGAAUGAUUGUAAUACAACUUGCCGUCAUUCAAAUGUAAAUUGUAAUUAGUAUUGUACCGACAACGCUUAAAAAAAGAAGAACGUAUCAUUUUUGAGAUGUUUUUUGUCUUCUUUUUUACUUUAAUUUUUAACAGGGUAUCUGUGGUAAACACCGAGCCUGUCAUCGUUCACUUGACCGCAACAUGACGUCAAUUUCCAGUGGAAAUUAACGCAGCAACAGAGGUUAAGCUAUGGAAGCUGAGGAUAUUGUCCAUGAAAAGCUCCACUUCAGACACGACUCGAAGUCUGUGAGACGUCUUGGUCCUGCAGAAGGAGGCGGCCUGCUCGUCUGUGUUGCCUGUAUCAUUGAAAUGAUGGAGAGUCAAAAUGUUGCUGUUGUUAGGAAGUCUUCUGCCUUGUCCGGGAUCACUUUGGUGCUUCAGUCUUCUCCAGGAUUCUUCAGAGAAUUACUCAAUCAGGAUCUCAGACUCAGACUACCCUUCAUCACAUCAUUACUUGUUUCUUUUUCCUCAGAGAUGCUUCACAUUGUUGAGGACCCUGCAACCCUGGUAAAGGUCGACCAAGUGUUGGUGCUAUUGCAUUUGGAGCUGCGGAAUGAGCUGCCAUUCCACUUUGUUUUGGGACGGAUAGACAAACAGCUCAGCGACCACCUGGGUGUGACUUCCACGGCUACAUUUAAUUUUGUGGGAAACCUGGUAGCUGUAAUUCCCAACAUGGCCCAAAGCCUGGUGACAGAGUAUGUACCGUUCCUGGUGAAACUCUGUUCAGCUCUGCUGGAGUCAGACGAAGGGCUGAAGGCCUCCGCUCUCUAUGUGUGGCUGCAGCUGUUCCGAUCAGCUGGGCUGCUGCCUGAUAUGCUGCCUGUUACAAUCCGGGACAGACUUUGCGUCCUUCUGCUACAGACCUUUGAUAAUGCAACGUCACCCCAACUCACCAGUACUUGCAAUGAUCUCUUGGGGGUUCUAGUUCGGUGGCAGGAGAUGGUGUCAGUGCUGAUGAAUCCAGGAAACCUCACACAGUGUGAUGACAACCAGAACAUUCACAUCAGCAACAGCCAGAGCCUGAGCCAAGACUUAGAGCAACAGCCCUCUGACCACUGCCAUCUGCCUCUCGUGCUGAAAAAGGUGCUGCUGAGUACGGAUGGUGCUCUGCAGCUGACCAGUGCUAAGAGCAUUGCUUCCGUGUUGGCUCACUCUCCAAGUCAGUACAGCGCUGCCUUUAUCAAGGCUGACAUACCAGAGUUAUUGUUUGAUCAUCUUGUCUGUACAACGAACGAGGUGCUUUUAUGGACCUUGUACAGCUGUUUGGUCCUGCUGAUUGAGGAGCCUCUGUUCUUCUCCUCAUGCAUCUUGGUCUACGGUAUGGAGAAUAUAGUCCGCAGUUUGAAAGAAGCGCUUCGCAUGACCAAUUUGGAGGCUGCAAAACAAGGUCUGCUGCUCCUUACGUUUAUAUUGGAAAGGCAGCCAGCCAAUGUGCGGCUAUUCCCAUACAGACCAGGGUUUGCUGCAGUCACAGAGGCUCUGGUCUGUGGAGUUUCCUCGUCCUGUCAGCUGGUUGCCACACAAGCUGCAAGUGCUGCUUCCGCCCUCUUCAGACUGAACCACCAGUGCAGACCAGUGCAGUACAAAGAGAUCCAAAGUCUGGUUGAAGCCAUAACCAGCUGGUUCUCCUCCCUCCACCUGCCACUUUCCCCUGACGACCAACAAUCUAUGAGUCUGAAGAUGUUCCAGCCCAGCAGCCUGCUCCAGGCAAUGGUCUGUUUUCAGGCGGCCUGCAGGUUGGCUGAAGAGUGUGCAUCAGAGCCUGUCCUGAGAGAAAACGUGUUCACACCCCCGUCUAAAAGCUGCAACACUCUGGAGUCUCUGUGUCAGAGUCUGCUGAACUGCUGUGACACCGUCUGGAUACCCACUGUCCUUAGGAUUUGUGGACACCAACCACAUCCUCAGGUUUUGGAGUAUUUCUACGCCAUCCUCUCCUCACAGUUCACACUGUUUCCAUCUCAGAUGCCAGCAUUCGCAAAUAAGAUGGCGUCAUCUGAUUUCUACAGGAUGGCUCUGGAACACAAAGCACUUCUGUGUGUGGGAAACGGGAACUCAGAUUUGAACACCGCCUGCUGUGGUUUUCUACAGAAGCUCAGCAUGUGUCUACUCUUGCAGUCCGACUACGCUUCUGGCAGUUACCAGCACGAAGUAGAGGAGGUGGAAUAUAUUCUCCAAAACAACCUUCCCUAUCUGUGUUGCCACCUGUCAGACUGGCCCUCACUCAUGUCUGAGGCUCCAGGACUGUUCGACAGCAGAGAUCCCAGAGCCACUCAGUCCUGCCUGGUGCUGCUGCUCCAUCUGGCUCUGCAGACCGGAAACAGGCUCCUCCCAGAUCAGACCACAUUUACGUGCGUGGUCUGUUUGCUGCAGUCUGUGCAGGGAGAGGGCGACUGUAGUCUAACAACCCCAGUGCUCCGCUCUGCCCUCUACCUGCUGGCUGUGACUCAGGAGAAUAGCAGCGACCUGGAUACAGCCGCUUUGAACUGCAUCGACAAGAUGCUGUCGUCCUGCCAAUGUCUCUCCUCCCUCUACAUUCACCAUGCCGCACUCCUCCACUUCAUCUGCCGCUACCCAAGCCUGGCGGAGAAAUUCGGGCCUGUGGUGUUUGAACUGUGGUUGGCUAAGCAGGCGGAUUACACUGAUGCAGGGCCCGAUGUGGUGAGAGGGCUAUUGAUCCUCCUUGGGAUUCGAGUUUUCUCCGUGAUAUUUGCAAGCCUUACAAAUCAAAUAUUUUUUAAUAUCUGUGCGCAGAGCGAUAAAACUGACAUUUCCGCAGAGAAGAGCCAGCAUGUGGAGCUUCUGCUUCUGCUGGAGAAGUAUCCAGUUGCCGUGUUAAUUCUGCUGAACAUGGUUUGCACGAGAGAGGAGCUCCUGGCGAAGAGAGCCCUGGAGAUACUGGAGGCUUUCUUACACAGUGAAAGAGAUUACGAGGAAAACAUGUGUACCAUUCUCAAACCUUUGCUGCUGCAGGCACUGCAGAGGCUCAGCAUAGAGACUGUGAGCAUCCAACAGGGGAAAACUAAGGUGAAUUCUCUCCCUCUUCUCCUCCGGUUUCUUUGUGUGACACAAGCCUGCGACACAACUUCCUCCUGCUCUAGCAAUAUGGACGAUGUGAAUUUCAAACUGCUCUACCUCGUGAGCAGUAUAGUCGGGAGGUUGAAGCCCACCGACACAGAGAGUCUGCUGCCCGGCAUCAACUUCCUCUACUGCUGCCUGACAGUGUCUCCUGCAUAUUCCACAGACAGAACUGUCUCCACACUGCUGUCCAACAGUGCUCUGAUUGACCUGCUGCAGUCAGUCCUCUCCUUCCCUGCUCCUCCUUCAGCCCUGCUGACCUGCACCCACCUCCUCUUGGCCUCCCUCAUCCCUUUGCAGCACCUUCACUGCGUUCAGGUCCAGAAGUGCAUCAGCUGGAGUCUGGACUCAACUGUGCAGCAGAUUCUUCUUCAGAAGAGAAACACAGACAAUCUUCUCUUGGUCAGCUGCUUGAGACUGCUGCAAGCUAUCUUGGACGUCGACAUGGUAUCAACUGUGCUGGAUGUCAGAGCCGACCCCAAGUCCGGACCCAUGGAAGCAAAGGACCGUGCUUUGAGCCCGCUCACCUUCAAGAGGGCUCAGAUGCUGUCCAUUGCUCUCAAUGAUCUUCUACUGCAGAAGCACGAGCCUGUGCUCAGAGCUGCAGUCAACUGCUUCAGCUCCCUCCUCAGCUUUCUGCAGCACAGGAGUUCCAGCGCAGCUUCAUUUCAUCGCAUGUGUGCAGCGAGGUCUAUCGUGUGUCAGCCGUGGAAUAGAUUCCUCCUCUACUGUCUGUUCAGCUCAGGACCGAGCUGCCAGCUGCACCCUGCCAUUCUGCGACUCAUCACACUUCUCCUGCAGCACGGCGGCACAUUCGUGGUGCAGCAGCCCGACCUGCUGCAGGUGAUGAACACAGCCGAGAGCCGAGGGGUGCAGGACCUCAGCCUGGACGCAGCAGAAGCUCUGACUCGCCUCCUCACACAGAUACAGAGCAGCAUGGUGAACCUUCCACCCACAGAGGUGCUGCGAGUGAAGAGUCUGUUGGAGACCCUCAGUUCAGUGCCACCCACCCAGAGACCCAGCUCCGCUCCGCUCAGCAGCAUCCUGUAUCCUGCAUGUGCUGCAACACGCUCCAGACUGCAGCGAUUGUGUUGCACUCCUGCCUCUUAAGUCUUGUUAAUCCCUCCAAAGUUGGCAGAUACAUUUGAUGAAUCAGUCCAUUUUAAGAUUCCCCUCUCCUUCAGCAUCAAGACACGGCUGACUUCUCUGCUCAGAAACAAACAUCCAUUAAUAUUUCUCCUUGACUCUGUUCCGUCAGUCGUGUUGGUGACGUCUUCAUAUGUCUCUCCGACUUCUCCCAAUUGCUGUGAUGAAUCUGUUUAUGAAGCUGUAAAGCAAGUUUUGCGGUUCCUUUAAACUGUUCAUUUACAGUUUGAUUUUCACUUGUUGCAAAUAAUUGCGUUUGAGCAUUUCCCUUACGUAGCAAAUGAAAACAAUAUUAAAAACCAGUAUGAAGUAAGUAAUGUAGUAAGUAAUUGAUUUAUUAUAUAUAUUACAGCCCGCAGUCCACUUGUGUUUGUAAGCGAAUGAUCAGAUACAUGUCUGAAAUAUUUUGUCACAGAAUGAAAUAAAAUAACUUUUGUUUUGUUUUUGAGCAUAA